AUGUGGGGCUCUGGGACUCUAGAGAAAGGGAGGGAGGGAAAGGAGCUGGGUAAGAACAAGGACGAGACAGCCAUCAAGAUCCAGGCCUGGUGGCGGGGGACCCUCGUGCGACGGACGCUGCUGCACGCGGCCCUCUGCGCCUGGAUCAUCCAGUGCUGGUGGCGGGUGGCUCACAUGCGGUUAUUGGAUCGACGUCGCAGGACAGUGCUACAGCUCUACACGAGGCGGGAGUGGGCCGUGGUGAAGCUUCAGGCCAUGGUGCGCAUGUGGCGUGUGCGGCGGCGCUACCUGAGGGCUCGGGCUGCUGCUCGCCUGAUCCAGAUCCGCUGGCGCAACUGCCUGACCCGUGGUCUCAUGCGUGGCCGCUACCAGAUCACAGCCAGCGGCCUGGCGAUGGACAUGCAGGUCUUAAUUGCCUAGGGCCUGCUCCUCCCUCCCAAUAAAGGAUUUUGCUGGGUCUGCUCUGACCUCUUCCCUCCUCAGCUGCAGGCAAUGCUCAGCAAGCCCAGGCCUUGGGGUCUCUCUGCCUGCACGCUUCCCUGUCCUGGUUUGGGUGCCAGGCU